AUGUCUCCCACUGCUCCUUCCCGCGCCACUCCCGCCCCCCGCCCCUUCUUCAAAUUGGGAAAUCUCAACGUAAAGAGCGCCAUUCGGGUCGAGACCCGCCUCAAGACGGCAGGCACGAAUGGUGCUCUGGGCAAGCGCUCAACAGCUCCUUCCCGCCCUCCCCUCAAGCCCGCCCCGGCUCGCGUCGACAAGAAGGCGCGGGUCGGCCAGGCGGGACGCAAGAAUUUGAGCAACCUGCCUCGCAAUAAGUCGGGCAGGGCCCGCAAGGAUCCGAAGAUCCUCGCCAACCAUGGCGACCGCGCGGGCUUCAUGCCCAUCGCGCAGAUGGCAGUGCCACCAACUUCUCCUCCCGGCCGUCCCUUCCUCCCCUCUCCCUCGCUCUCUCCUCCUCCUCCUGCUCUUUCCCAGGAGCACCGCCCCCCUGCUCCUUCUACUGUAGGCACGGUGAUCAGGAAGAGGAAGGCGCCUCCCACGAUGCUCCUUCCCAUGAGAAGGCCCAAGCCUUACUCCAGAUAA